GGCCCAAACUGGACUAAGAAAUACUGGACUGCACAGCUCACCAGAUUCUGAUCCACACGCUGGAUCUCAGGUAAACAGCCAAGGACCCUAAAAAACUGAAGGUUUUAACGACGUUUUCAUCUCUGAAUUGAAAGAUUUAAUAUGAACUCCUUGAAUUUCUGCGGGACGUCCAGCGGUGGCGGUGUGUAUCCCCUCCACGGUGUUCACUCCAUGCUGUUCGACCUGCACCACCAGAUGGCGGAGCAGUACCACGUUUACUCUGCAGCCAGCCCCACAGUGCACACCCUCUCUGUGGCUGAGAGACUGGCAGAGCUCAUUCUGGAGGCUCGAUAUGGCAACCAGCAGAAGCAGCGCCGCAGCCGAACGGCCUUCACGGUGUCGCAGCUGCAGGCUCUGGAGAAAGCUUUCCAGCAGACUCAGUACCCAGAUGUCGGCAUGAGAGAGAGACUGGCUGUCUGCAUCAACCUGCCUGAGGCCCGCAUUCAGGUGUGGUUUAAGAACAGGAGGGCAAAGUUUCGUAAAGGUCAGAGGUGCUCCCCCUUCUCCCAAGACCACAGUCUGGAGGAGGCAUCACAUUGCAGCAAGGUGGAACAGGAGGAGGUCGGGCCCGAAGACAAAAAGGACAUCACCCCAUCACAUACUGACAGAAGCAUCCGUCCUUGUCUCUGCCCUCCUCCUCAUGUGGAUAAAACGAGGGAUGUUUACUCACCUCUCGCUUCUUCAGACUCUGAUGUUUCACGGUGCCCCCUCAGACUUCACUCUCCUCCACUUUUCCCCUUCAUGACAGGGGAGCGCUACAGCCACCCGCCUCACCAGCCCAUUGUAGGAGUGCUGUCCACCGAGCUCAGCCUUCCCCCGGUGUUCUGGCCCAUCAUACAGCAGCACAGUCCCACCCUGGAGGUUCAUCCAUCGCCAGUUACUAAAAACUGUAGCCUCUCCCUUCAGACUGCUUGUUACAGUAAAGCUGUGCCACACCCUCACCUGCGGCUGCAACUGUAGUCCUGCUCUCCAACAGCAAGAGAUCUCUGCUCCUUGUGGACUCAGGUACACCUGAAGCAACCCUGUGUGGGAAAAGAAAAGAGGGAGAAGCACUUACUGCCUUGUUUGUGUAAACCUGACUACAGAUAGAAUGUGAAUUUAUUUAGAAAGCUUUAUUGACUGUCUGCCUGUCUGUCUGAAGGGAUGUGCAGCUGUACAGUCAUAUACUUCCAGGACUAAUUUGGGUCUGCUUUAAUCACUAACAUCUACAGGUUGCUUUACGUUAGCCAGUGAGUUUGCUUGAAAGAGGUUGUUGUUUAAUCCAUCACCAGCAGUGUAAACACCAUUUAAAAAUAUCAUUGUCUCCUUCAGCAUUAUUUCAAUGGUUACACAGCCAAGUAGAUACACAGUUAUAAUGAUGGUAAAACCAUUUCAGAUAAGUUCCUAAUUGUAACUAGGUAUUGCAACAUAGAAAUGUAAAAUAAAAUCUGUUGUACCUGACAUUUUUUUUUGUGAUAAAUGACUUGUUGAUGAUUCAAUUUUAACAUUUAUUAACAGUGGAAUUAAGAU